CUUUGGUUGUUCACCACCCAAGUCUGGGACAUCAAAUUUUCUUUGGGCUGAGGAGCAGAGAGAGAGAGAGAGAGAGAGAGGAGAAAGAAGAGAGAUGGGAAGAGCUCCAUGCUGUGACAAGGCAAAUGUGAAGAAGGGACCAUGGUCACCUGAGGAGGAUGCAAAGCUCAAGGCUUACAUUGAGGAGCAUGGAACUGGUGGAAACUGGAUUGCACUGCCUCAUAAGAUUGGAUUGAAAAGGUGUGGCAAAAGCUGCAGGCUGAGAUGGCUAAAUUACUUGAGACCAAACAUCAAACAUGGUGGUUUUACAGAGGAAGAAGAUCAAAUCAUCUGCAGCCUCUACAUCAGUAUAGGGAGCAGGUGGUCAAUAAUUGCAGCUCAGCUGCCAGGAAGAACAGAUAAUGACAUCAAGAAUUACUGGAACACAAGGCUAAAGAAGAAACUCCUCGGCAAGCGAAGACAAUCUGCUCAAUCUCCAAGCCUCCACCUUAACCAAGCGGCUGGUGAGGGAGCUAAUGGAGUGAACCAUGAGGCACCCUCUCAAACCCUAAGCGCAUCAGCCCUCGAAAGGCUGCAACUCCACAUGCAGUUCCAAGGCCUCUACCACCCCUUCUCCUUCCACAACCACCCUGCACGCCAGCCCAAGUGCCAUCCACCAGGAGAUCCCACUGCCACAACCCUAAUUCAACAAGUAUCCCCACCGAAACCUGAUGCAGGACACCUGCAAGAAAUAGACUGCUCGUCAGUAGGGUUUCACUCACCUUCGGCCAUGGAGACUUCGAGCUCAAACCUUGAUGCAGGUCUUGAAGCUGACCUCCAGGACUUGCUCUACUGCAAGAACUCCUCCUCCUUUGUAGGGCAUGAAGAGCAUCAACUUGCCAACUUAGACUACUACAAAGAUUUGUAUGGCGAAAGGGAGACUGCAAAUUGGUGUCCUUGUAAUGGUUUGGAGGAUCAAUCGUCGUCGAUGGGAUCUUGGGAUUCAGCUUCAGCUCUCCAUUCUGAUGCCAUGAUUCAAGAGUUCGCGUUACGGUACAAUCUAUAGGGAUAAACAAGACUGAGAUCUUAAGCUUGAGAAGGUGGAUGUUGUUGAGGUUUUAGGCUUGAGUUUUAUGUGUUUGUGCAUCAAGUGUCUUAAGAACACUCAGUACUGUAAAUGCCUCAAUAAUACUUAAGCUGGA